UGUACAAUCUGUGGCAGCCGAGUGGAAGGGUUGUAGCACCUCAUAAUUACUCCCUCGAACGUAGUAGACCUGUUUAUAAAGGAACUAAAGGCAGAAACCAUGAUCUAACCCAGAGCAGACACAACAACAGCCAUCUUGAUUCCAGUACCCCUAUAAUCCCCCAGGAAGUGUUCAAUAACUCUCUGGUCUUAAAGGACCAGGAGGCUUACAGAUUGAUGAACGAAGGGAGUCAGUCCAAAAAGGCCAGAAUGAUAUCUAUCAGCAGCAGAUAAAUGAGAAAUAAUGCAAGGAAGGAAAUGGAGAGGCGCAUGGACCGUAUGUAUGAUGCUGGUCAAAGCAGAUAUCCAACACAUUCAGUAAGAGAUCAAUCAAAUAUUACCUGACCCCCUUUGAGCCCUACCUCGUCCAAUGCAUUACAGAAAAAGAACAGAAUUCUAAAACAGAUGGAUUAUAACAAAGACUUAGCAAAACUGCUAGAGAUGAAACAGAAACAGAAUAAAUUCCAAAAAUACCUCGAAGAAACCAACAAAUUAUCAACUCAAGGAAAUCUGCAAUUAGGACAAGGAGGUUCCUUUGAUGUUUACAAAGCCAAGAUAAAUUCCACUGAUAAAUUGAUCGAUGAAAGAAUGAAAGAUUAUACGAAGAAAGUCCUUAAACCUAGCUUAAACAAGUCUAAGGCUAAUCUUUUGACUCAAGAGAGAUCUAUUAGAGAGUAUAAUGAAAAGAUCCAAAAAGAUGAAGUCAAGAAAUACCAAUCUAAAGUAACGCUUCAACAGAGAGCUAAUUCAGAAUUAAUGCAGCAAAUUGAUGAUAAUAGAAAAUAGGAAAGCUAUCCACCAGAGAAUGGUGGAUAAUGAAAAAGAGAUGGUCAGAGCACAUUUCAUUAGAGAAGACACUAAAAAUGCUUUAUUAUUUGGCAAUACUCAAAAAGGUCAGGCUUAUAAGGAUAUCCUUGACCAACAGAUACUUCACGAUAAAAAGAUUAAAGAAUUUGAUGUAAAUAUCAGUGGCAUCACAUCUCUGAAUUUACCUUCCAACACUGAAAGAAACUCAUCCUAUUCUAUGAGUAAGAAGAAUGGAAGUAUGGGAAAUUUACUCUCUCAGAGAAUUCCCUCCACCUUGAAGAACGUAGGAAUCAACAGUUUGAAUAAAUCUAAUUUCAAAUAG